UCGAGGCAGAAGCAUCUAUUUCAACAACAAGCCAACACCAACCAACCAGCAAAAUGUCAAAAACAACCACCACUUCCAUUGCCAUUGCAUUCGUUGCCACCAUCAUACUCUGUCAUUGCAACCACUUCGUAGCAGCGCGUCCUGAUCAAUACGAUGCCGCUGCCGAGACGCGUAAUUUCAAAAGCGAAGUGAAAGAGGAUGGCAGUUACCAAUAUCAGUAUGAAACUUCGAAUGGCAUUGCUGCUGGCGAAUCCGGUGUAGGCGGUUAUUAUGCGAGCGGCUCUUCAGCCUAUUAUGCGCCAGAUGGUCAGCUCAUUCAGCUGAGCUAUACUGCCGAUGAGAAUGGUUUCCAUCCGGCUGGCGAACAUUUGCCCACACCACCUCCAAUACCUGAGGCCAUUCUCAAAGCGCUUGAAUAUAUUCGCACACAUCCGCAGCAGGAGGACCGCAAGGGAGCUAGCGGCCAAGCUCAAUUCUAAGUCCGUAAAUGAAUAAGUCCAUAUACACAUACAUGCAUAUAAUGUAGGAGCUUACACGCAUAUAAAAACAUAUAUACAUAUAAUGAGUAAAUGGGUUUUUUACUUUUGUUGAAAUCGAAAAAAAUGAUUGUUGUCUUCGUUGGUUUGGUUGCAAGUCUGCACAAUUCGCUUAUAAAUAGCAUU